CGAGAGGAGGGGUCCUGCCCCCUAGAGUUUACUGGCUUGCUCUCAGCAGCUUCCUGACCCCGCCUCCGGGGCUCAGGAAAGCUUUAGAAAGAGUAGAGAGGGUGAGGUGUGUGUCUUCUCUCCGAACAUGUUCCUGGGGUCCCUCAGCCUCCUGGCUGCCGGCUGCUGGUCCAGGGCCACCUUUGUGAGGCAAGAGGGAAGCGCUGCGGCCGCGAUGGCGACGGACGUCGAGGGCGACGUGUACGUGCUGGUGGAGCACCCCUUCGAAUACACCGGCAAGGAUGGGCGCCGCGUCGCCAUCCAGCCCAAUGAGCGCUACCGGCUGCUGCGCCGCAGCACCGAGCACUGGUGGCACGUGCGGCGCGAGCCGGGCGGCCGCCCCUUCUACCUGCCCGCGCAAUACGUGCGCGAGCUGCCCGCGCUCGGCGACCCGCCGCCCUCGCUGCCGCCCGCACCGCCCCUGGGUGCAGUCACUAGCGAGCCGCUCGGCUACGACUACCGCUUCGUGAGGGCGCCGGCGCCCGCGGGCUCCGACGGUGCCCUCGCCGAGCCCCGGGGCCGAGCCGGCUCCCUGAGCGGCCCCAGGGCGUUGCAUAACACAGCGACCCAGCGCCGCAGCCUGGCCCCCGGCCUGCCCGCCUGCCUCUACGUGCGGCCCGCGACGCCCGUGCGGCCCGCGCAGUCCCUGGAAGACCUGGCGCGCAGCCGCCGUCGCGCCCCUGCCGGCCUCCUCGGGAGCGCGGGCCGCUUCAAGGCCGGCAGCGUGGCGGGCUCCUGGGUGUCGCGGCCCCUGAUGUGCAGCGACUCCGAGAACGUCUAUGAGGCCAUCCAGGACGUGCGCGGGCCCGCCGCGGGGAGGAGCGCCCGGCAGCAGGUGGAAGACCCCCUGGAGCCCGUGUACGCCAACGUGGAGAGGCAGCCUCUGGCCACGUCCCCGCGCGCCGCCGCGGCCCCCCGGCCCGGCCCUGUGUGGGAGACGCACACGGACGCGGGCACCGGGCGCCCCUACUACUACAACCCGGACACGGGCGUGACGACCUGGGAGUCGCCCUUCGAGGCUGCGGAGGACGCCGCCAGCCCGGCCACCUCCCCGACCUCAGUGGGCAGCCGCGACAGCCUCGAGGCCGAGUGGGGCCAGUACUGGGAUGAGGAGAGCCGCCGGGUGUUCUUCUACAACCCGCUGACGGGCGAGACGGCCUGGGAGGACGAGGACGAGCGCGACGACGAACUGGAGAUGCAGCGGAGCCUGAGCCCGGGCAGCCCCCGGGACCAAAGGCCCCCCACCCCCGAGACCGACUACCCUGAGUCGCUGACCAGUUACCCCGAGGAGGAUUAUUCCCCGGUGGGCUCCAUAGUUGAGCCCGGCCCCGCCUCCCCCUUGGCCACGCCCCCCGGCUGGUCCUGUCACAUCGGCCCCGACAGGCAGACGUUCUACACCAACCACUUCACCCAAGAACAGUGGGUGAGGUUGGAGGACCAACACGGGAAGCCAUACUUCUACAACCCAGAUGAUUCCUCCGUUCGGUGGGAGCUGCCCCAGGUCCCCGUCCCUGCCCCUCGAAGCAUCCGCAAAUCCAGCCGGGACAGUGACACCGCAGCCCAGGCCAGCCCCCCUGAGGAGAAGAUCAAGACGCUGGACAAGGCAGGCGUGCUCCAUCGCACCAAGACGGUGGACAAGGGGAAACGUCUGCGGAAGAAGCACUGGAGUGCCUCCUGGACAGUGUUGGAGGGUGGCGUCCUGACGUUCUUCAAAGACUCCAAGACCUCAGCUGUGGGCGGCCUGAGGCAGCCUUCCAAACUCUCCACUCCUGAGUACACGGUGGAGCUGAGAGGAGCCUCUCUCGCUUGGGCACCCAAAGACAAAUCCAGCAAGAAGAAUGUGCUGGAGCUGCAGAGCCAGGAUGGCUCAGAGUACCUGAUCCAGCACGACUCGGAGGCGAUCAUCAGCACCUGGCACAAGGCCAUUGCCCAAGGCAUCCAGGAGCUGUCCGCAGACUUGCCCCACGGAGAGGAAAGAGAAAGCGGCAGCGGCAGCGUAGACUUCGGGUCGAGUGAGCGCCUGGGAAGCUGGCGGGAGAAAGAGGACGAUGCGCGGCCCGGCGCAGCAGCCGCGUCCGCCCUGGGCCCUGGGGGCCUGGAGAGCGACUUCAGCAAGGUCCGGCACAAACUCCGUAAAUUCUUACCGAGGCGGCCCACUCUGCAGUCCCUGAGGGAGAAGGGCUACAUCAAAGACCAGGUGUUCGGCUGCGCGCUGGUCGCGCUGUGUGAGCGAGAGAGGAGCCCGGUGCCGCGCUUCGUGCAGCAGUGCAUCCGCACCGUCGAGGCCCGCGGGCUGGACAUCGACGGGCUGUACCGCAUCAGUGGAAACCUGGCCACCAUCCAGAAGCUGCGCCAUAAGGUGGACCACGAUGAGCGUCUGGACCUGGACGACGGGCGCUGGGAAGACGUCCAUGUUAUCACGGGCGCCCUGAAGCUCUUCUUCCGAGAGCUGCCGGAGCCCCUCUUCCCCUUCUCGCACUUCCGCCAGUUCAUCGCGGCCAUCAAGCUGCAGGACCCGGCCCAGCGCAGCCGCUGUGUGCGCGACCUGGUGCGCUCAUUGCCCGCCCCCAACCACGACACGCUGCGGCUGCUCUUCCAGCACCUGUGCCGGGUGAUCGAGCACGGCGAGCAGAACCGCAUGUCGGUUCAGAGCGUGGCCAUCGUGUUCGGGCCCACGCUGCUGCGGCCGGAGAAGGAGGAGGCCAGCAUGCCCAUGACCAUGGUGUUCCAGAACCAGGUGGUGGAGCUCAUCCUGCAGCAGUGCUCAGACAUCUUCCUGCCGCACUGACGGCGGGCACCCGGCUGUUGGAGCUGCGGACCUGGGACUGGAGGCAAGGACUGUGGUCCCGCCAUAGAAGCUUGGCAGUGGGAGGCCACGCGCUGGACUCUGUCUCAGUGACCCUCGCUGCCCGCCUGGUCCUCAGGCGCGUGUGAAUUCCGCACCCCUCAGUUCGGAGGAUAUAGUGACCCCUGGUGGGCAGUCCGCAAAAUGUGAUUUUUCCCUUGGAUGUCCCGUUGCGGGGCUAAUUAGGUUCCGUUCAUUACAGCGCCAUCUACGCUGUCCGCGUGAGAAUGGGGGUGGGGGGGGGGGCGGCGGUGAGAGUUUGUUUUCUGAGACAGGCCCAUCCUGGGAGGGAGAAAUUUGGAUGAGGGGAUUCCUGGCUUCUUCAGGCCUCCACCCCGUGGACCACUUCUUGGAGACCCUGUGGGGCCCCUGCCCCAUGUGUGGCACUUUGCAAGUCAUGAAGCAGCAACCAACUUCCCUGCGUGGAAACAAGACUGCCCUGUUUCCUGCUGAGACUGCCUUUUCUCAGGCUGCAAGGAGGAAGCUCUUGCCACGGCCCUUUGGCAGGCUGGCUGAGGAUCAUUUCCAUCUGCUUUCUUGUUUAGGAUUCCUCCCUCUGGGUGGCCGUGCUCAUCCUCCUCAUGUGCUCUAUGCAAGGGUUCCACCAAACAUGCACCCCACCCCUUUACUUGACAGGCACCACUUCCACACAAAUCCCAUUUUACAGAUGAGGAAACUGAGGCCCACAGAGGCAGAGUGGCUUGUUCAGGAUCCAGUGGCUAGUCUGACACACACACACACCCCCAAGCCCAGGCUUCUCCCACACCAGAGCACAGCCCCCCAGGAGGAGGAAGUCAGUGCCCUCAGCUUUGUGGGCAAAGCAAAGCCACUAAGCCAGGUGGGUCCUGUCUGGGCCUGGGGAGGGUUCUUUUCUGAGGGAAAGAGAAGUAGCACUGGCAGGAUUCCCAGCGCCUCUAUCCCGGCUGCCAAGACUGCCUUCCUGAUGCCCACCUUGCCCUGAAGCUGGGAGAGGCCUGCAGGGUGGGGGAAGGAGGGCAGCAACCCCAGGAAAGGAAAUGUGAACCCUGGGGGCAGCAGCAUCCCACCCACCCCCCCACACACACACACACAAGCCACCUCUGUUGAUGGGCCUUGGCCUGGGCCCCACCCACUCAACAAGCAAUAACAGUUCAUAUUUAUUGGACAUUUGCAGCGUGCCAAGCAUUUUGCUUGGGUGAUCUCAUUUGUUUCUCACAGCCAAUAUUUAUUGUCUGCUCUUCUGUGCCAGGCACUGUGCUCUGGGGGAGGGAUACGGCACACACUGCCUGCCCAGGAGCUCAUGGUCCUGUGGGUGAGGCUGACCCAACCCUAACAGCAAGCAGGGCCAGGGCAAGAGUACAAAUGGAGGCCUCACACCAUUCAUCUAAAUAUUUUAAAGUUAUAAAUCAAGCUAACAGCUGUUAAAUAAAAUAUGUUCUCUUCUCCUA